AACACAGUUUUUUUAUCAAUCUGGUCAUCUGGUCAUAUUUUUUCUUCCCAGGUCCGAUACUCGUGCCAGUGAUUAUAUGCUGAUGACUCAGGAAUCCUUGUGUCUCAUAAAUAAAUCUGAAGAAAUUCUUUCUUAUAGCAUAAGUCUUAUAAGAUUGCUUAAUUGACUAUAAAUUGUCUUUGCAUCUUGGCAAGACAGAGUCUAUUCUUCUUUGGUUUAAGUUUCAACUUAAACUGGCCCUAGCCUCCAGGUCACAUGUAAUGGUACUGCUAUAAAGUACACAUCUUUUGUUAAGUAUUUAGGUGCAAAUCUGGAUCAAAUUCUUUUGGCGUCGCCCUUUGAUGCUUUGCAUCAAUGAUUUUCUUGUCAUAUUUCAGUAAUUACAGAUAGGUAAUACACGUGGAUAUAAUAAUAUUGUUAUAUGUAUGACAUAUUAACGCUUUAAUAGGGAAAAUUUUCAAUGUUAGAUUUAAUACAUGUUUAAAUCUUUAUUCAACAUUACAUUGCCUUUUUAUUGUUUUGUGUUAUAAUAUUAGUGCAAAACCUUCAUGGCUUGGACUGGACUGUUUGACUGUGAAGUGAAGUUUCAUAAGGGAUGUCAACGAUUGAUAAGAUGAAUAGGCAGAAUGCGGUUAACUGGAAAAAUCAGUUUGGGACAAGAUAUUGGAUCGAUUUGGCUACGCUUAUCUGCUCUUUACUUCAGCGUCAUGUUUGUAGAAGUUAACAAUAAAUCUUGAAUUUACUUUCCAUCUAGCAGCCAUGAUAAAAUGUUUGUUAGCCGCAGUGUUGAGACAAAUAUACAAGUUCGUGAAUUUCUUAUUAGUUUAUAUUCAACGCUUAAAACUGAUCAGCGAUGUGAUCCCGCAAAUUCAUAGCAAGGAAUCUACUCUUACAAACCACCUCAUUACAAAAAGAGGGAUGUUAAAUUGCCCAUUCCAACCACCAUUUAUACUGUGCAAUGGAUACGUACAGACGCUUGCUGGGCUGUUUUACAAACCUUUACAGGAAUUUCAUUUCCAACGAGAAUAUCUGCAAAUGAGCGACAAAGGUGCAGUUGCGUUAGACUGGUUCAUUCAUUCCACGGCCAAGUUAAAGCGAACCAGUCCGAUUUUACUAAUAUUCCCUCGGCUCACUGGUAACGCCCUCAGCGUCGGCAGCAUAUGUAAACUCGGUGUAUCUAAAGGAAUGCGCCCAGUUGUGUUUAACAGGCGAGGGUACGGUUCAAGUUUGCUGUUUACAUCAUAUCUGACAAGUAUAGGAGAUACUAAAGACACCAGGAGAGUUAUGGAGUAUAUUCAAAGUAAAUUUCCGUUGGGAAAAAUAAUAGGAGUUGGUAUAGGGGCAGGGUGUACAACAUUGUUCUCGUAUCUUGGUGAAUUUGGCUCUUCCUCGCUGAUGAAAGCGGCUGUCAACAUAUCACCAUCAUAUGAUAACACUGUCGGUGGCAGACAUAUCCCUAAACUGUACGAACUUCUUUUAUUAUUUCAUUUAAAAUUCCAUUUAAUCUUAAAAAAUUGGAAAGUGCUAUGUAAUUCUAUUGACAUAAAAGAGAUUCUUAUCAAAACUUGGACUCUAAAAAAGUUUGAUUAUCUUGUUUAUUGUAAAAGUUGUGGGAAGGAUUCGUUUGACUCAUUUUGCCAGCGCAAUGACCCAAUGAGAGACGUUGAUGAUAUAGCUGUACCUGUUUUGUGUAUAAAUAGUUACGAUGAUCCCGUGUCGGUAAAAGAGAACAUCCCUUUUGACAUAUUUGAAUUAUAUCCAAAUUUAAUAUUAGUUACAGUUGAUAAAGGGGGACACUGUGCGUUCUUUGAAAAUGUAAAAGGUGAGUCCUGGGUAGACAGACUUGCUUUACAAUACUUACAGCAUAUUCUGGAGUUUGUGUCGAAUUCUAAAUACAGAUGACAGUUAUUUAGAGUAUUUUAUAUGUGUUUCACCUUUCAGAAUAUCACAUUUAAUAUAAAUGAAGUGUUGAUAAAAUAAUUGUUCAUCUUCUCUAACAAUUGCGCUUAAAUAUACAUGUAUACGGGUUUAAACUAAAAUAGUUCUUGUUUUGCUUACCUGAUGCAAAAAGCAGAAUCUCUUAAUCCCCAAAGAAAGUCCAACACGACAAUACAAAAUCCAUUUUUAUAACUGUACUGUGUGAUAGUUCAGUUGGUUAGUAAAUUUCACAAAAUUCACAGAAGCACGGUUUCGAAACAAACUGUAUCAUUCUCCGGAUAUUGUGACGUGAUUUGGUUUACUUGUUGAUCAUACAGGAGGCAACGACAGGAAUACAUAUACAAAUUUAUUGAUAAUGCACUUGCGUGAAAACACCACAAUUUGCAAUGUGUGAACAUAAACAAUUUUAAAAAAGUCCUUAUUUAUAACAUG